ACAUCAGAGGUCAAUAAAUCCCAUACUAUGACAUCAGAUGUCCAUCUAAGUUCAAAAAAAUUGUUUCUAAAAAAUUACCUGAUUAAAAAAAAAAAUAGAUCAAUGGAUCCUUCUAAUCCUGAGGAAUCUCCUGAUCAAUCCCAUACUAUGACCUCAGAUGUCCAUCUAAGUUCUCACAGUGCCAAUCAAUCAACACAUCCACCCAAUCCCAAUGUGUCUUCUUUAUGUGAUAGGGGUCCCACGGGGGAGCGCCCUUUUUCAUGUUCAGAGUGCGGGAAAUGCUUCGCUGUCAAAAUAACGCUCAUUAAUCACCAAAGGAUUCACACAGGUGAGCGUCCUUUUUCAUGUUCGGUGUGCGGAAAAUGCUUCUCUGUCAAAGUAUCACUUGUUGCACACCAAAGGGUUCACACGGGAGAGCGUCCCUUUUCAUGUUCAGAGUGCGGAAAAUGUUACACUAAGAUGGGAAGUCUUCGUACACACCAGAGAACUCACACUGGUGAGCGUCCUUUUUCAUGUUCAGAGUGCGGGAAAUGUUUUAUUGGUAAAGCGCAUCUUCUUGGACACCAGAAAAGUCACACGGGUGAGCGUCCCUUUUCUUGUUCUGAGUGCGGGAAAUGUUUCACUUCGAAAAAGAACCUUCGUAGGCACCAGUCCGUUCAUACCGGUGCGCGUCCUUAUUCAUGUUCAGAGUGCGGAAAAUGUUUCGCUCUGAAAGAGGACCUUGGUAAACACCAGAAAAAUCACACCGCUGAGCGUCCUUUUUCUUGUUCAGAGUGCGGGAAAUGCUUUCCUAGGGUUGAUUACCUUCUUCUGCACCAGAGAACACACACAGGGGAGCGUCCUUUUUCAUGUUCAGUGUGCGGGAAAUGCUUUAUUGACAAUAGAGGGCUUCGUAUACACCAAAGAAGUCACACGGACGAGAGUCCUCAUUCAUGCACAGAGUGCGGUAAAUGUUUUAUUGAAAAAGAAAAACUUCUUAUACACCAGAGAAUUCACACAGGGGAGGGUUCUUUUUCAUGUACAGAGUGCGGGAAAUGUUACACGGUGAAAGGGAGCCUUCUUAGACACCAGAGAACACACACGGGAGAGCGUCCUUUUUCGUGUACAGAGUGCGGGAAGAGUUUCACUGAUAAAGGGAAACUUCUCAGACACCAGAAAAUACACACAAGGGAGAGUCCUUUUUCAUGUACAGAGUGCGGGAAGUGUUUCACUGAUGAAGGAAAACUUCUUAAACACCAGAGAACACACACAGGGGAGAGUCCUUUUUCAUGUUCAGAGCCAGACUCCGCCUCCAGAUCUCUUCAUAAAGAGGACCUGUCACGGCCCAUACUGUCAUAGGGGAUGUUGUUCAUCCUUUAUGAUAGCAAUAAAGUUAAAGGGGAGUUCCACAAUUUUUUUUUUACUUGCUCCUUACCCAAUCCCCAUCCUCCAUUCUCUUUAAAAUGGUAACUUUUUUCUUUUUUUUUUAAUCUAAAUACCUAUAAUUUAUAAUUUUCUGCUCCCUCCGCCUAGGCGAUUAUGUCCUUUGGUCUCUUGCCAUAGACACCUGGGAUGUCCGGCGUCAUGUAUCCCAGGAAUCCUUGGGAAGUCGCCUAUAAUACCAAAAUCUUCCCGUCAGGAAAUGAAGCGAAUGGGAGGAGUUAGGCGCCAUUUUUCAAGGAGGAGCAUCUACACGUAGGAAAUGGGGCCGCUCACUUCCGAAGAACAGCUAUCAUUUUCAUCAAAUAGUAGACGCGCAUUGCCGAAAAAUUUGCUUUAGUUUCAUUCGUUUUUUAAGCUUUUUUCGGAAAUUCCGAAAUCUCUGAGGG